AUGGGGGCAAUGGAACGCCCGGAGAUGGCCGGUGGAUUUGCCGAUUUCGAUGCUGGCCACCGGGAUCUGGUAACUGUCACCAAGUUCAACUUCUAUGGCAAUCGGAUUGUCACAGCCUCUUCGGAUCACCGCAUGAAAGUUUGGGAUUUGAAGGAUGGUCAGUGGCAACUGUUGGACACCUGGCGGGCCCAUGACGCGGAGAUUCGUGAUGCGACCUGGAACGGUCCAUUCACGGGCCAACAUAUUGCAAGUGUCGGAGAAGACAUGAAACUCAAAGUCUGGCAGGAAGACGUAACACAGUCACCCAAUUCUGGCCGGCGCUUUAGGUCUAUUUUCCGCAUGACAGCGCCCCAACGCCAUCCAUUUGUGUCACUGGAUUUUCGGAAUAUUGACUUGGAGUCAUGGAUGGCUGUGAUCACCCGCGACGGUUACUUGAUGGUAAUGGAACCCGUCAGUCCGGAUAGCCUGGCGGACUGGCAACCGAUCGACCAGUUUCGGGUUUGCUCAGCACCUGAACGCGGAGAGGAAACAAGUUUCAAAGUGCAAUUUCACCACGAUCCCACCGAUAUCACCCACUCAAUCCAAUCGGACUCAGAUCGGAAGAGUUUAUCACUAGUCGUUGCAGCAAUGGACUCUGUGAAGGUCUAUCGCACGGAUGCAAACCGACGUUUCUACCACGCUAUUGAAUUGAAUGGACACGCCAGCCUGGUCAGGGAUAUCUCUUGGGCAAAUGGGUCCGUACGGGGAUACGAUCUCAUUGCCAGUGGAUGCAAAGAUGGCCUGGUGCGCAUUUUUGAAGUCUAUACGACACCCAUCAAUCAAACUUCCCAAAACUCCAGUUCUCGGAAGGCCGAACGGCGGCAUCAGCAAUCGCCAUCUGUGCGUGCUACAUCGCAAUCUGGAAUUGGGAAUGCCCUGGCAAAUCAUGAUCCUGAAUCAGUGUCAAAUCGCCAAGCCAGUGGAGACUCUCUGUUUAAGCAUUCAUUCAAGCAAGUCGCAUGCAUAGAAAGCAGGCAUCUAGAUGUGUGGCAGGUUGAAUUUUCCUUCGCUGGCGAUUCGCUGAUUUCUUCUGGGGACGACGGUGCGGUCAGGUUUUGGAAGAAAUCGUUGGCCGGAGAGUGGCUUGAAUAUGCCGAGACCGAUCUGGCUUCCCAGUGA